CACACAACGAUGCACGGGACGGGAAGCCCCAAAGGAUCACAUCCUGGACAAGCGAGGCGGGAUUGCCUACCCCAGGAAAGAAUCACAUCCCGCGACCACGAUAUGUCGGAAGAUCGGCCUGGAGGUGACCUGACUUGGACAUCAGCAAAGCAGCCUAUGUGUCACCUGCACUAUGCUGAGUUGGCGUCGCAGCACACAGCAGAAGGAAUCGCUCCUUUUUCUCAUGAUCGCAGGAAUGAAUCUGGUAUUCAGAUUCACCCCAAGUCACCAGCAGAAACAAGCCAGCUACUUGAGGAAGACUUACUUUUAUAAUGUAAAUGAUUUGAAACAAUAAAGAAUAAAAAAUGACUACAUCUGA